UUCUGAACCAUCGACGCGAACCAUCGACGCGAACGGAACAUUUUUUCACUGCCCUACUCUUCAUACAUCAUGUCGCUCUUCCUGUUCGUUGUCUCACGGUUCCGAACCAAGCCCCCUUUUCCACUCUCUCGUUCCGCUUUAAUCGUUGGAUGGAUUCAUUGAAUCUACCGUUUGCUCCGUGGUUGUAGUUUGUAUGAGCUCUCUGUCAGGCGUUGCUCACUCCGCCCGCCUUCGCUUCACCUGCUCCCUUCUUCCCGACCACUUUCUCUCUCUUCCCCCGUCCCAAGCCCUGCUUCUUUUCUAUUUCUUUCGGAAUGAACGACCUCCGGGUUAAAGUGGCACAGGCUGUUCACGUGCUGAACCAUGAUGCUCAGUCCUCUAACCGCGUUGCCGCAAAUCAAUGGCUUGUCCAAUUCCAGAAGAUGGAUGCCGCAUGGGAGGUCGCCGCCUCCUUUCUCACUUCUUCUAGCGAUCCCAUCAUAUCCUCCAACUUCGAGGUCGAAUUUUUCGCUGCACAAAUCCUCCGCCGCAAGAUCCAGAACGACGGCUACCACCUCCAGAUCGGUGCCAAAGGUUCUUUGUUCAAUGCUCUUCUCCUUGCUGCCCGCAGAUUCAGCUUGGGUCCGCCCCAGCUUUUAACUCAGAUAUGCCUCGCGCUCUCCGCACUCGUUUUACGGGCGGUGGAGCACAAGAUGCCUAUCGAGCAAUUCUUUUCCAGCUUGAACGAGUUGCAGAGCCAGGAAAACGGCAAUGCUGCUGUUCUGGAGAUGCUUACUGUGCUCCCAGAAGAAGUUGAGGUCAAUAAUGGUGAUGGUAGUAUUGAUGCGGGGAGCAGAUUCCAAUUCACGAGAGAGCUUUUAUCGCACACUCCCAACGUGCUGGAGUUUCUUUUGCUUCAGUCUGAACAAAAUUUGGCCCUUUUACUUCAGUCUGAACAGAAUAUCAAGAACGGUACUACGCUUCAAGAAAAGAAUAAGAAGAUAUUGCGUUGCUUGUUGAGUUGGGUUCGUGUGGGUUGCUUCUCAGAGAUUCAUCCAUCUGUUUUGCCAACACAUCCACUCUUGAACUUUGUCUUUAACUCUUUGCAAGUUCCAACUUCAUUUGAUGUCUCAAUUGAAGUCCUUAUCGAGCUUGUUUGUAGGUAUGAGGGUUUGCCACAAGUUUUGCUAUCUAGGAUACCGUACCUGAAGGAAAUACUUCUAAUCCCAGCUCUUAAUAGUAGAGAUGAAAAAGUAAUUGGCGGUUUUGCAUGUUUGCUUUCAGAAGUUGGACAGGCCGCACCAGCUUUGAUUGCAGAAGCCAGUCCUGAAGCUCUUAUGCUUGCAGAUGCUCUACUGAGCUGUGUUUCCUUUCCGAGUGAAGACUGGGAAAUUCCAGAUUCAACCCUGCAAUUUUGGUGCAGUCUUGCAAGUUAUCUUCUUGGCUUGGAUUUGAGCAAGGCAGAUAGCACAAAUAAUAUUCUAGACGUAUUUUCUCCUGUAUUCUUAACAUUGCUAGAUGCACUUCUAUUGCGUGCUCAGGUUGGUGAUACUGUAUGUACUGUAAACAAUGGAGCAUUUGUCAUUCCUGAUGGACUCAUUAACUUUCGCACAAAUUUGGAGGAAAUCCUAGUAGAUAUCUGUCAGCUUCUGGGACCAUCUAUAUAUAUGCAGAAGCUUUUGAAUGAUGGAUGGACCACUUCAAAAUCAUCAAUUCCUUGGUUGGAUGUGGAAACAAGAUUGUUUGCACUAAAUCUGGUCUCUGAAACAGUUCUGCAACAUGGUCCUCCGCUUUCUUUCUCAAUAGUUAUGCAGCUUGUGACAAUUCUCACUAGUACCUCAUCUGGAGAUCUUAAGGGUCUGUUGCCCUUUGUCUAUAAAUCCUUAGCUGAUGUUGUUGGCUCAUUUUCAAGAUGGAUUUCCCUAGUCCCUGAUAACAUCAUGCCUCUAUUAAUUUUUUGUGCUUCUGGGAUCAAAGACUCGAUGUGCAAAACUGCUUGCUCAUCAGCCCUACGUAAACUUUGUGAAGAUGCCUCUAUUUUGAUUCAUGAACCUCAAAAUUUGGAGAUUCUUAUAUGGAUUGGAGAGGAUUUGGAGAAGAGGAUUUUGUCAUUUGAAGAGGAGGCUGAGAUUGUUAGUGCUAUAACACUCACUCUUAAUUCUGUUCCAAACAAAGAGUUAAAAAAGAGCUCAUUGGCAAGGCUGCUUUCGUCGAGCUAUGUUGCCAUUGAGAAUCUAAUUGAUGCAGAGGAUCAGAAUUCUUUGGCUCGAAAUCCUGCUGUUUAUACGCUGACCAUGAACUUGGCUGUUAGGGGCUUAUACAGGAUGGGAGUAAUUCUUGGCCAUUUAGGGGUUUCUUGCUCAAAUGACCAGGCAGAGGAUGACACAAUUUUAGUGCUUUUGGGGAUGUUUUGGCCGCUUCUUGAAAAACUCUUCAGCUCUCCUCAUAUGGAGAAUAGUAUUUUGUCGGCAGCUGCAUGCCGUUGUCUUUCUCAGGCAAUCCAUUCUUCUGGUGAACACUAUCACAUCUUACUGCCAAAAGUACUCGAUUGGUUGUCUGCCAACUUUUUGUUAUUUCAGAACCAUGAAUGCUAUCUAAGAACAGCUGCUGUUGUCAUUGAAGAAUUUGGUUAUAGAGAAGAAUAUGGAACCUUAUGCAUCGACACUUUUGAGAGGUUUACUUCAGCUGCUUCAGUAACUGCGCUGAAUUCUUCAUACAUAUGCGAUCAAGAGCCUGAUCUGGUUGAGGCCUACACUAACUUUGUGUCUACAUUUGUUCGCUUUUGUCCCAAGGCAGUAGUAGCUUCUUCUGGCACCCUACUUGAGCUAUCAUUCCAAAAAGCUACUAUAUGUUGUACAGCCAUGCACCGAGGAGCUGCUUUGGCCGCAAUGUCAUGCAUGUCUUGCUUCCUAGAAACAUGCCUCUCCUCUUUGCUGGAAUCUUUGACAUGCAUCAGUGAAGGAUCUCUAAGUGCUGUAAUGAUCCAAGUUUUGUCUAGAAGUGGUGAGGGACUAGUAUCCAACGUUGUAUAUACCCUGCUUGGUGUAUCAGCAAUGUCCAGGGUACACAAGUCUGCAACCAUCCUACAGCAACUGGCAGCCGUCUGCUGUCUUAGUGAACGAACAUCCUUAAUGGCACUUCUUUCUUGGAAUUCUUUGUGUGGAUGGUUACAGUCAACAGCCCAAAGUCUUCCCGCAGAGUAUCUGAGACAAGGAGAAGCUGAAAGCCUAGUUCCGCUGUGGCUGAACGCCCUUGCAAGCGCAGCAUCAGAUUAUCUUGCUAGCAAGACAUCUGAUGCUGCCUUGAUAGAUCACGGACACAUGCUGGGAAAAGGGGGAAGAACUCUGAAGCGUCUUAUCAGAGAUUUUGCUGAUACUCAUCGCAAUUUUCCUAAGCCACCUUAAUAUAUUAUCUGCAAUUCUAUCCUGAUAUUUUGUCUUCAUGACCUUAUUUCCAGAUGAGAUUUUUGGAGCAAAGCAGCAAUUCUUCCCGGAGGUCUGUAUCGCUCAUUUUGCUUCACAAAUUUUGAUAGUCUUGAUCAUUGUACAUAUAUUGUUAUCAUAUUGUUGCCUAAAAGUCUCACCAUGAUGUUAGUUCACUGUAUGUAUUCUACUACAAAACUAUUAAACAUUGUAUUAUUGUUUAUUUACAAACAGUUACAGCAAUUAAUACGCUUUAGAAAAAGCAUUAUUUGACAGAAUUGUUGAGCAUCUUAGGAGCUUUAAUGUUCAUCUGUCUUUCAGUAGUGUUA